CCGAGCUUGUUCAGGAAGGAAAAACUUAACAGUAUUCCGAAAUACGAAACUGAUUCCCAUGGAAACAUCCUCAUCCUCUGAUGACAGUUGUGACAGUUUUGGUUCUGAUAAUUUUGCAAACACGAAACGCAAGUUUAGGUCGGGUAAUAGAGAAGAACUGGCAAAAAUUUUUCACGAAGCCUCUGAUGAUGAAUCCUUCUGUGGCUUUUCAGAAAAUGAGAUUCAAGAUGCAUUGAAAUUGGAAUCGGAUUCCGAGGAGAAUGAUACAAGCGCUGACAGUGAGGUAGCUCAGAGAAGGCAGAAAUGCCCUGUUCCUCUAAAAGUGGCCCUGAAGUUUCCACCUCGAAGAUCGGAGAGGAGGAAGGGUGAGAUGGAACCUCUUCCUGAAAAGCUGAUGCCUGCUCCAGAUUCAGACUCUGACUCUGAAGAAAAGGGUGCCAUGUUUUUAGAAAAAAGAGCUUUAAACAUAAAGGAAAACAAAGCAAUGCUUGCAAAACUAAUGGCUGAGUUGCAAAAUGUUUCUGGUAUCUUUGGUGGGAGAAAAUCAUUGCCAACUGUCAGUCAUGGACCAAAGCGGCUUCCAAGGCGUUCGUUGCCCAGAAGUGCUUUGAGGAGGAACCCAGACCGAAGUUCUCGGCCUCACACAAGAUCGAGGUCCCUGAUUGAAGGUCCUCCUACUCCUUUACCAGAAGAGGAAGAUGAUGACCGGUACAUCUUAGUGAGAAGAAGAAAGAUGUCUGAUGAUGAAUACCUGGAGCAUGAAGCCCGAGCUCCCAGGAGGGGUCACCGUGGUGCCAUGGCUUUUCCACACAUUGUGCGCCCAGUUGAGGAGAUAACAGCGGAAGAGCUGAAUAAUAUUUGUGGAUCUGCAAGAGAGAAAGUAUAUAACAGGGCCAUAGGAUCCACCUGUCAUCAGUGUCGCCAAAAAACCAUAGACACCAAGACAAAUUGUCGUAACCCUGAUUGCAUAGGAGUACGAGGCCAAUUCUGUGGGCCGUGCCUCCGCAAUAGGUAUGGGGAAGAUGUCAGAACAGCGUUGCUGGAUCCGACCUGGACGUGCCCACCAUGUCGUGGAAUCUGCAACUGUAGCUUCUGCAGACAGCGAGAUGGCCGAUGUGCUACAGGUGUCCUGGUCUAUCUGGCCAAGUACCAUGGCUAUGACAAUGUCCAUGCCUACUUGAAAAGUCUGAAACAAGAACUUGGAAUGGAAGACUGAAGCUGUGACUGCCUUUAAAUUACGUACUCUUUCACCAAUGUCAUAUUAUUGCCUACAGUGAAUUGUUUAAUCAAAUGAGAUUACAAAGCCAGUGCCUUCCUUCCCUCCCCUUUUGGGUAAAAAAGGAUAAAGAACUUUCACUUAUCUC